AUGACCAAGCAGCAAGAUAAGCAACGGACCGUGCUGGGCGUGUUCUUCUAUGUUCCAAAUCUCAUUGGUUACAUGCGCGUCUUGCUGUCGCUCUAUAGUCUAGCAGUAGCACGUACGGACUAUAAGACCAGCGUGCUGUGUUACGUGCUGAGCUUCACAUGCGACUACUUUGACGGCUUCUUUGCGCGUCUCUGCAACCAAUGCUCUUCAUUUGGUGCCGUGCUGGACAUGGUGACAGACCGGUGCUCGACGGCAGGACUGCUGGUUGUGCUGUCGCAUUUGUACCCAAAGUAUAUGGUAUUCUUUAUGUAUCUACUGAUCAUUGAUUUCUCUAGCCAUUGGUACCAUAUGUACUCGUCACGUGGCCACCACAAGAUCGUUCCGGCUGAGCGCAACUUCCUACUCCGUUUCUAUUACGGCUGUUACCCUUUCUUCGGAUUUUGUUGCGUAGGAGCAGAGUUGUUCUACAUCCUGCUUUACGUGCUUUAUUUUGAACCCACACUGAUGAUUCCGAUCCUUAACGUCCCUGUCACGCAGCUGUGCUACUACGUAUGUUUACCCGCCUGCGCGUGCAAGAACCUUACCAACGCGGCACAGCUUUGCAGUGCUGCGCACUCUAUUGCGUCAGAUGACGUGGUGUUAGCCAACAAGACUCAGUAG